GCCCGCCCGGGCAGUCCAUGCGCUCCAGCCGGGGAGAAGGCGGCGGCGGCUCCACGGAAGAGAUCCAGUCGCUCCGAAGGGACCGAGGAAAAAGGCUGCCGGGUCCCGGCCAGGAUCAGCUGGCUCCAGAAAGAGGGCGGCUUCACCCAGCAGAUCUGCAUCCUCCGAAGAAAUAGCCUGGAUCCAGAAAGGAGGUUGCGGGUCCAUGAGAUCCACUUGCAGCCAGGAGCGAGUUUUUCCAAACCCAGAGAGUUACUUGAUCCCAGAGACGCUGUUGCUCUAGAGAAGAGGUCCUAGGUCCAGGAGACCCACUGGAUCCAAGGAGAGAGCUGGUCGCUCCUUUCACCACCACCACCACCACCACCACCCCCUUGGCUGCAGGGACCCCUGGCUUCCACCCUGCCAUGACCAGGCACCUUUGGGUGCCUCCCCAGUAUAUCUCCAAGCCCUUCCGCCAGGGCGCCGAGGGUCCCAAUGGCACCGGCGAGGCUCUCUUGGCUGCCCUCUGCGGCUUCCGCAACCAGUCCUGCCUGUACGAGCUGGACAUGGACAGCAUGGAGAACGGCACCCGCUACGAAGGCGAGUCCCAGAGCCGGAUGGUCAAGGCGCUGCUCAUUGUGUCCUACUCCGUCAUCAUCUGCAUCUCGCUCUUCGGCAACGUGGUCGUCUGCCAUGUGGUGAUCAAAAAUAAGAGGAUGCAUUCAGCCACCAGCCUCUUCAUCGUCAACCUGGCUGUGGCCGACCUCAUGAUCACCCUCCUCAACACCCCCUUCACCCUGGUGCGGUUUGUCAGCAGCACCUGGGUUUUUGGGAAACUGAUGUGCCACAUAAGUCGAUUCGUUCAGUACUGUUCCGUUCACGUGUCUGUCCUGACCCUCACUGCGAUCGCUCUAGACCGCCAUCAGGUGAUUAUGCAUCCGCUAAAGCCCCGAAUGUCUAUCGUGAAAGGAGGGAUCUAUAUUCUCAUCAUCUGGGUGAUGGCAAGCUGUUUCUCUCUGCCCCAUGCAAUCUACCAGAAGCUGUUCUGGGCUCCUUAUGGGCACAAAAUGGACCGAAUGGUGUGCCUUCCCAGCUUUCCUCCUCCGACGGACCUUUUCUGGAAGUACCUAGACUUGACCACUUUUGUCCUCCUCUACAUCCUCCCUUUGGCCGUCAUCUCAGUCGCCUACACGACGGUGGCCAAGAAGCUGUGGACGAGGAACGCCAUCGGCGACGUCACCAUGGAGCAAUACUAUGCCCACCAGCGCAAAAAGAAGAUGACCCUCAAGAUGCUGAUGGUGGUGGUGGUGGUCUUUGCCGUCUGCUGGUUCCCGUUGAAUUGCUACUUGGUCCUCCUGUCCAGCAAGGCCAUCCACAGCAACAACGCCCUCUACUUUGCUUUCCAUUGGUUCGCCAUGAGCAGCACCUGCUACAACCCUUUCAUCUACUGUUGGCUGAACGAGAGCUUCCGCUCGGAACUCAAGUCUCUUCUGGGUGUGUGCUGGCGGGAGAAUGCCCCCAGAAGCCAUGCCUUGCGCUCCGUUUCCCCUCCUUUCAGGCAUGCCUGGGUUGAGAAUGACCUCUGCAAACAAGACACCACCUCCCAGCAAGUGAGAAAUGCUUCAGAAAGGAACUCCGCUCGGACGGACAUAUCCACUGUUCAGCCCAUCAUAACAGGCAGCUAAGAAGGGCCCACCGGGCAGCUGUGGGGAGCUCCUUGAUGUUUUCUAGUAGAAAUGAGUAAAGCAUAGGUUGGGAGUAUCAGCCAGGAACUCUGAUUUUUCCAAUGGGAGGACUCAUAUUUGACCUAGAGGGACAUGGGGCUUUUACAACUGAACUCGCGUGCUCCUCUCUUGAAUGAGCUGGCCGUGAUUUCAGGUUUUCUGCUGUCUAGGCACAGUGCUGUGACUUGGGUGGAAGGGCAGCUGGUCCCAAAUGUGGUUUGGGGACUGCCCUCUGUGGCACAGGCUGUGCCAUCGGGAUCAAUACACUCAGCGGCUGGUAGCUCAGAAAAUCGACUCAGUCUUAAUGGCUAAAGAUUGACUCCCUAGUUGCUGCUUGACAUGGUUGAGUGUUUACAAAGGUGUGCACACUUGCAGUUCUUUGCCUGUUGCAUUGCAUGCAUGCACACUCGAAACAACAACAGCCCUGCACUGGUAGAGAUUGGGACUAAGAAUCAUCAUACAUUUUGUUUUGUCCUGAAACAAAACCCAUUGGUUUGGACACAGCCUUCAGCUGACAAUCACAGAAGGGAGAGGGAGAGAGAAAGGAUGAAACUAGAUGAUACAUUUAACACUCUAUUUUAUUUUUUCCAAGGGGCUACUAUAAAGACACCUGUUCGCACAAGGUUUCCUUCAUCUCCAUAGCUUGCAUAUGGCCCACGUUGUUUUAAUUCAUUGGGACAUACAGCAUGGGCCCAAUUGGGUAGUCUGAUCGAUGAAACACGCAUGUCUCAAGAAAUCCAAGUGUGUGGAGCAAAUGAGUUAAUGACAAGAAAUACCUAUUCCCCCUCAUGUCUAAUUUGACCCCCAAAUAGGAAACACACAUGAGUGGCCUCCCACACACAAUGGGACCUUAUAGGGAUACCACCUGCAAAAGCACCACAAAAGAUAUUUAACAAGUUUACUCAUCACUGGUGGGCUAUACAUUUGUUCUUUGUACUCUUCUAAAAGUAGAGAGUCCACACUCCAGGUGCUUAGGGUAAACCUUGACAUCUGUUCAAAUAGUAAACGAAUCAUCCCCAGUUGGUGACUAGGUAUGAGUUAGGAAGGAUGGUAGUCAUUAGAUCAUCCAAACGGAUGUCUGCUCUGAAACAUGUCUCUUUCAGAAACUUGAUCGUACAGAGCUUUUCCCCCAAAGCUAGUGACGAGAUCAAGUGCUCCACAGAGGAGGAGCCAAAUCCGUCAUCCCCUUCUUUCUACGCAGCAGAUAAACAUGAUGACUGAUUCCGAAAACAGUCUUGAUGUUUUAGGAACUCAGGCUUAGAGAUAUUCUUUGGCAAGAGAGUGGUGAAGAAAGAAUGCACUUAGCCUGUAUCUGCACACGAUGUCUUUCAGCCAGCCAGAGGUACAUGCGCAUGAGCAUCCUUCUGCUCACAUUGACCUGAGACAUAGCUUUGUAGGGGGGAGA